GCGGCGGGAGCGGGACCCGGUGGCGGCGGCGGCGGCGUGAACCAUGGAGCUGUACUUUGGUGAAUACCAACACGUGCAGCAGGAAUACGGCGUCCACCUGAGACUCGCAAGCGAUGAAACCAAAAAGUUGAGGAGUUCCCAGCACCCUAAGGCAGGCUCCUACGGGGUCAGCAUUCGGGUACAGGGAAUCGAUGGCCACCCCUACAUAGUCCUGAACAACACAGAGCGCUGCCUGCCAGGCACAUCUUUUUCUGAGAACGGGCCAUCCUUUCCGCCUCCAGGGAUAAAUGACCUGCCUGUGCAUCCCAGCAACGGGGCUGGGCUAGAGGAGGACGGCGCCGAUGACCUGCCCUUUCCAGAAAACCCGUAUGCCCCACCCAGCUCAGGGAGACCCCCAAAGCAACCCUCCCUCUUUGAGGGCAAGCAUGGAGCUCCAGAAUGCAAAGAGGGGCCCGGGACGCCACCCCAGGUGCUGAACUUUCAGAAGCAUCCGGAGCUUUUGCAGCCCUACGACCCUGAGAAGAACGAGUUGAACUUACACCAUCACCAGCCGCCUCCUCAGGGCCACUGGCUAAAAACCCUCCCAGAAGAAGGACCCAACAGCAAGAAGGGUUGGACUUACUUCUCCAAACCUAGUCGUUCCCAGCCCGCCAGCCCUCCUCUGGACGAGCUGGCCAAGUCCAACGUGACGGCCAUUCGCUUAUGCAGCUCGGUGGUCAUCGAGGACCCCAAGAAGCAGACCUCGGUGUGCGUGAAUGUGCAGAGCUGCGCCAAGCAGGGGCCGGCGGAGGAGGCCCUCUCCCCCGGUGGGAGGCCCCUACCCGCCCUGGGCCCGCACCCCCACUCCGAAGCCAAGAAAACCAGGCCCGACGUGCUUCCCUUCCGGCGCCAAGAUUCGGCGGGCGCCGUCCUGGAUGGAGCUCGCUCCCGGAGAUCCUCCUCCACGUCCACCACGCCCACCUCGGCCAGCUCCUUGUACCGCUUCCUACUGGACGACCAGGAGUGUGCCCUCCACGCGGACAAUGUGAAUCGGCACGAGAACAGGAGGUAUAUCCCCUUCUUGCCGGGAACGGGGCGGGAUAUCGACACAGGAUCGAUGCCUGGCGUGGACCAGUUAAUUGAAAAAUUUGACCAAAAACCUGGGCUGCAGAGAAGGGGCCGGUCCGGGAGGCGAAACAGAAUCCACCCAGAAGACAGGAAGCGGUCCCGCAGCGUGGACAGCGCCUUCCCCUUUGGCCUGCAGGGGAACCCGGAGUACCUCACCGAGUUCAGCAGGAACUUGGGCAAGUCCAGCGAGCACCUCCUGCGCCCCUCGCAGGUGUGUCCGCAGCGGCCGCAGGCCCUGGAGCUCCGCGGGAAGCAGAGCUCGGGGCACGCCUCCGCCACGCUGCAGGGGGCCCACCCCAGGCCUCCCCAGCAGAGCAGAGAUGGGAAAGUUCUGGAAAGCAAAGGCGGUCAGGAAAGCACCACGGCGCGUGCAUCCUCCCUCCCAGCACAGAAGAAGGAGGAGGAAAUCAAAACAGCCACGGCUACGCUGAUGUUACAGAACCGCGGGCGAGCGGCUUCGCCUGACUCUGGUGCCAAGAAGAUUUCUGUGAAGACAUUUGCUUCCACCUCAAAUACCCAGGCCACGCCGGACCUGUUAAAAGGCCAGCAGGAGCUCACUCAGCAAACCAACGAGGAGACGGCCAAGCAGAUCCUCUACAAUUACCUCAAGGAAGGAAGCACCGAUAAUGAUGAUGCCACUAAAAGGAAAGUCAACCUGGUCUUUGAGAAAAUUCAGACUUUAAAGUCUCGAGCAGCAGGGAGUGCACAAGGAAAUCACCAAGCUUCUAACUCUUCGUCUGAAGUCAAAGAUCUGUUGGAACAGAAAACCAAGUUGACCACAGAAGUGGCUGAACUUCAGAGACAGCUUCAAUUGGAAGUCAAGAAUCAACAGAACAUCAAAGAAGAGAGAGAGAGAAUGAAAGCAAACUUAGAAGAGCUCCAGAGCCAACACGACCACAAGGAGAAAGAGAACUCGGUGCUGCAGCGGCGGCUGGAAGAGAGUGAGGGGGAGCUCCGGCAAAGCCUGGAGGAGCUGUUUCAGGUGAAGAUGGAACGGGAACAGCACCAGACGGAGAUCAGGGAUCUCCAGGACCAGCUCUCGGAAAUGCAUGAUGAACUGGACAGCGCCAAACGAUCCGAGGACAGGGAGAAGGGGGCUCUGAUUGAGGAGCUCUUACAGGCAAAACAGGACCUUCAAGAUCUGCUGAUCGCCAAAGAGGAGCAGGAGGACCUCCUGAGGAAGCGGGAGCGGGAACUCACCGCCCUGAAGGGAGCCCUGAAAGAAGAGGUUUCCAGUCACGACCAGGAGAUGGAGAAGCUGAAGGAGCAGUACGACGCCGAGCUGCAGGCCCUGCGGGAGAGCGUGGAGGAAGCCACCCAGAAUGUCGAGGUCCUGGCCAGUCGGAGCACCUCACAGCAGACCCAGGUGGGGGCUGAGCUGCGCGUGCAGGCCCUGGAGGAGGAGAACGAGAGGCUGCGGGGCAGCCUGGGCGAGCUGGAGCAGAGCGUGGCUCGGCUUCAGAGGCAGGCUGCUGACCUUCAAGGCGACGAAGCCAAAGCCAAGGACACCCUCAGGAAGUACGAGGGGGAAAUCCGACAGUUAGAGGAGGCCCUCGUGUGUGCAAGAAAGGAAGAAAAGGAAGCCACGGCAGCCAGAAGGGCCCUGCAGAGUGAGCUGGAAGAUGCUCAGGGAAGUCUGAGUCGGGCCACCCAGGAGCAGAAGCAGUUGUCCGAGAAGCUAAGAGAGGAGGCUGAGCAGAAGGAGCAGUUAAGGAGAAUGAAGAACGAAAUGGAGAAUGAGCGCUGGCACCUUGACAAGACCAUUGAGAAACUGCAGAAGGAGAUGGCUGACAUUGUCGAGGUGUCCCGCACAUCAACGCUGGAGCUCCAGAACCAGCUGGAUGACUACAAGGAGAAAAAUCGCAGGGAGCUUGCAGAAAUGCAAAGGCAGUUGAAGGAGAAAACCCUAGAGGCAGAAAAGUCCCGUCUGACCGCCUCAAAAAUGCAGGAGGAGAUGCGCCUGAUGGAGGAAGAGUUGCGGGACUACCAGAGAGCUCAGGAUGAGGCGCUCACGAAGAAGCAGCUCCUGGAGCAGACGCUGAAGGACCUGGAGUACGAGCUGGAGGCCAAGAGUCACCUCAAAGAUGACCGCGGCAGGCUUGUCAAGCAGAUGGAGGACAAGGUGUCUCAACUGGAGCUGGAGCUGGAAGAAGAAAGAAAUAACUCGGAUUUGCUGUCUGAGAGGAUCACUCGGAGCAGGGAGCAGAUGGAGCAGAUGAGGAACGAGCUACUUCAGGAGAGAGCUGUGAGGCAAGACUUGGAGUGUGACAAGAUUUCCCUGGAGAGACAGAACAAAGACUUAAAGAGCCGGAUUAUGCACCUGGAAGGUUCCUACCGGUCCAGCAAAGAGGGGCUGGUGGUGCAGUUGGAGGCCAGGAUCGCAGAGCUGGAGGACCGUCUGGAGAGCGAGGAGAGGGACCGGAACAGCCUCCAGCUCAGCAACCGCCGGCUGGAGCGGAAGGUGAAGGAGCUGGUGAUGCAGGUGGACGAUGAGCACCUGUCGCUGACUGAUCAGAAGGACCAGCUGAGCUUGCGCUUGAAAGCAAUGAAGCGCCAGGUAGAGGAGGCCGAGGAGGAAAUCGACAGGCUCGAAAGCUCUAAGAAGAAGCUGCAGAGGGAGCUGGAGGAGCAGAUGGACCUGAAUGAGCAGCUGCAGGGGCAGCUCAACAAUUUGAAGAAGAACAUAAGACUGAAGAAGCUGCCCAGUAAAGUGCUGGACGACAUGGACGACGACGACGACCUCAGCACCGACGGGGGGAGCCUCUACGAGGCGCCGCUGAGCUACACCUUCCCCAAGGAUGCCACCAGCCAGCUCUGAGCCCACUUCCGGACUGUGGAGGGGGCUCAAGUGGCCGUCCUUCCUCCCGGGGACCCUCAGCCGCCGCAGCAGGAGCCAGGGGAGGCAGCACCGUCCUCCGGCGCGGAGACCUUCGGUGCCUCUUCCCAUAACCUGCGAUUCCUCCGUUCACCUAGGGGGUGUGAGCAAACGUGGCUCUCCUGUCUUAGGGAGCUCUUGCAGGGUAAAGGCUGAGACGCCCGAGGCCCGGCAGCCACCGCCCGCUGGGGUGCUCUGGAAACAUAAUUUGUCAGCUCAAGUCCUCUCUGUACCGCUGUCUGCAUUGCUGCUUCUGCCCCCUGCCCUCCCCCCGCCAGGAGAGAGGGUCCAAACGCUGGUUACUGUUCAAUAGCCGCUGUGCACGGUGGGAAGUGAUGCGCAGGCUGUACAUAUUUUAAAGCAACUUCUCAUGACCGCUGCUGUUCCGUUCCGGAGUGUGACAGAGGCUUCCCCGGGGGCUUGUCUGUCAGGUUCACACGUCUGUAUUGAGUAUUAUUUUUUAAAAUGUGAAGCUACUAGAUUUUAAGUAUUGAGGAGCAGAGGCAAGAGAGAGAAGAUAGAAUAAAGACCAUGUGGACAUCAGAGCUGGAGCCUGAUGGUGCGAGGCCUGUGUACUCAGGUGGUCUCGGUACACAACUUGCUGACGGAGGAGCGAGUCAGAGGGUCACUUGUAUCCGUGGCCUCGGUGGUUCAUUUUGUCUGGAAUCUUGUAAUUUCUGAACUGUGCUGAGACCACUUCCCAGGCACCAGUUGCAACUUCUUGGGAAGACUUGCAAGUAGGGCUUUUGACAGGUGAUGUGGUUUCUGGAACGUGGGGCCGUCCUCUCACUUCUUAUUGGUCCUCUCCUCCCUCCUCCGACAGCAGGCCUCUGAGUUGGGCUCUCCGGUCCUUGGGCAGGGUGGUUGCUGGAUGGGGAAGAGGAGGAUAUGGGUCAAGGCUCAUGGACUUAGGGGCGAGGAAGAGGCAGGAGGUAUCCAGUAAGGUCACAAGGAAAGGGGGAAGGGAGGAGAGAUAAGCAGGUGUGUGUGGGUUUGGGUGGGAAGGAAGAAGUCCUUGAAAGCUGGGGAAUGUGUAGACAGGAGGUGGAUUGAGCAGGAUCUCAGGUUUAUGUCAGGAAAGGGAGGCAAGAAGCUGAAAUCAGAUAGAGGUGUGUCUGUGCCAAUGGGAAGGCUCUUUCCAACUUCCUGGGGCAGAGGGACAUCGGCCAGCACCAGGCACGGAGUGACUGCGAUUGGGUGCCGUCUGGGCAAGGCCACAUUGCAGGGACAGAAUUACAGGAAGCGAGCGUGGCACUGGGAGGGUGCAGGGUAUCCCGUCCUUCCUCCUGGCCAUCCUGGUGUCUCCUCCCACCGUGCCAGUCCCCAGGCACACCCAGAGGCCAGGGCCAUCACAGCUGGGCUCCCAUCAGUCAGGGCCAGGGAGAGGACCCUGCGAGUCGUGGCCAUGGGUGGGGCAGAGAUGGCAGUGUUAAUCUGCUUCAGCAGAGGCCCACGCAUCCUAGAGAUGGGAGGCCUGUGCAUCGGAGAGCUCUGUGAUGGCUGCCAUGGGGAGCAGCCUGGUUUAAGGGCAUGCGUUAACGCUC